CCGGCAGCACCGCGCAGGCGCCGCGGAGCCGCGCGGAGGAAGUUUGAACGGUGGCGGGUACCGGAGCCGCUGAUGGAGUCCGUGCUGAAAGGUAUAUGUGCAUUUGUAGAAGUUUGGUCAUCUAGCAGAACAGAAAAUUACUCGAAAGCCUUUGAGCAGCAACUUCUUGAUAUGGGAGCAAAAGUUUCAAAAACUUUCAACAAGCGUGUGACACAUGUAGUCUUCAAAGAUGGACAUUCAACUACAUGGAGAAAAGCACAGAACGCCGGUGUAAAGAUUGUAUCUGUACUCUGGGUGGAGAAAUGUCGAGAGACUGGAGUACGUGUUGAUGAAUCUUUGUUUCCUGCAGUAUACAAUAAUGAGGGCUUACCACUAAAACACAAAUGUAUGCAGCCAAAGGACUUUGUUGAGAAAACUCCAGAAAAUGAUAGAAAACUCCAGAGAAGACUGGACCAGAUGGCUAAGGAAUUAGCUCAACAAAGGAUAGGAAUUAAUGCAGAAACUGAUAUACCGGUUUUACUGUUUGAAGAUGAUGGUUCACUUGUGUAUAGCCCUGUUUCUAAAAUAAGAAAUCAAUGCAGUGAAAUGGAAAGAAGAAUAAAUGAGAUGAAGGAGAAAAGAGAAAAUCUGUCUCCUACAGCUUCCCAAAAGUUUCAAGCACCUCUAUGUUGCUCACAAGGAGACUGCCCAUUGUCUACCUCUGUAACUAACUCAGAAGACCCAUUAUUGCAAGGAGAAAAAAAGAAAGACUGCUUAAACUCAAGCUGUGAUGACUUUUUCGGAACUAUUACAUCAAAGAGACAGAAAAAAGAUGUAGAAAACAUCUGCGAUACUCAGACUCAUACUCACGUUUCUAUGAGUGCUUCAGUGAAUUCUCCCUCAUGUGGCUGUGACCAGAAGAGCUUAAUCCAGAAGCAAUCUAGCAGAAGAACCUUAGGUGAUGAAAAUCACGUGUCAGAGUAUGAUGUUACUUAUGGUUCUUGCAAAGUUUUUAAUGAACAAAAGAGUAAGCACAAAGGGAUGGUAAGAAAAACCAGAAGACUCCAAAAGCCAACAAGGACACUAGUCAUGACAAGCAUGUCUUCUGAGAAACAAAGUGUAGUAAUUCAGGUGGUGAAUAAACUGGGAGACUUCAUGUUCUCAGACGAUGUAUGUGAAACAACAAGUCAUGUAGUUACAGGGAGUCCUCGUCGUACCUUGAACGUUAUGCUGGGAAUUGCUCGUGGGUGUUGGAUUGUUUCUUAUGAAUGGGUUCUGAGUUCUUUGGAAUUUGGGCACUGGAUCUCGGAGGAACCAUAUGAACUUUCUUCCAACUUCCCAGCUGCUCCUAUCUGCAGGCUGCAGCGUCACCUAUCAGCAGGAAACUACCAGCUGAGUCUGUUCUCAAACCAGCCUGUGAUGUUUGUAUCUCCCACCAGCCAGCCACCCUGCAAAAAGCUGAUGGAGCUUAUAGAGCUGUCAGGAGGAAAAAUAUGUAAGGCCCUACGUCAGGCAAAAAUCUGCAUAGGAAAAUACCCAGGAAAGAAGUACCAGGAAAUAAAAUGUUUAUCAGAAAAAUGGAUUUUAGAUUCAAUCACUCAGCAUACAGUAUGUCCUAUGGAAAACUACAUUUUUCAGCUGUGAGCUAACUCAAGAGCUUCCAUAUGGCUGUAAGGAAACAAGCCCACUUUGGCCUCAACAACUAAGCUGUGAAUAAAAUUUCUAAGAGAAUGCUAAUUUCGUAUUUAUAAAAAUGUUUUUAUAUUUUUAUUAUUUCUG